AUGCGUGUUACCGUGGCAGCGCUGCUGGCAGUGGUCACUGCAUCUGCUCAGCAGAUCCUUGUCAGCGACCUCAGCUUUGGUUACCAGGGGCGGUUGAGCGCUCCUGGCAACCGAGGCAAGAUCGACAACUUUGCCAUCGCCGGGUCCGGCGUGCCGCCACAGGUUCUCUCCAACAAAGUCAUCCUGACCCCCGUCUCUCCCGGCAACCAAAGAGCGUCGAUAUGGUCAGAGAAACAACUGCAAGAGACGGAAUGGGUGGCUGACGUCGAUCUGCGUGCCAAUGGUCCUGAGCGCGGAGGCGGCAACCUCAACAUCUGGUUGGCCAAUGAUGGAGAGAGGCAGGUUGGCCAGAGCAGCAUCUACAGUGUUGGCAAAUUCGAGGGCCUGGCGCUGGUCAUCGACGCUCACGGCGGCUCGGGAGGCAUGCUGCGUGCGUUCCUCAACGAUGGCACCAUCGACUACGGUACCCGAUCAAGCGUCGAUGAGCUUGCCUUUGGCCACUGCCUGUAUUCUUACCGCAAUCUCGGACGCCCCUCGCAAGUCAAGAUGAAGCAGUCACGCGACAUCUUCAAGGUUGAGAUCGAUGGUCGCCUGUGUUUCGAGAGCGACAAGGUCAGCAUGCCUCAGGGCUACAAGUUCGGUAUCACGGCGGCCACGCCCGACAACCCAGACUCCUUUGAGAUCUUCAAGCUCGUUGUCAUGUCCGACCGCACGACGCCAAGUGACAGGUCCAACUACAGGACGCGGCAGCAACAGCCCAAGCGUGAGGCAAACGCCAACGCCAACGCCAACAACGCCAACAGCAACAUUGGCACAGAACCGCUUGAGGAUUUCGACGACGGACCGCUCGACGAAGAUCCUGAUGUCUUCCAGACGUCCAAAAUGCAAUUCCAGGACCUGCACAACCGCCUGCAAUCAACAAACCACCAGCUGUCAUCGGUCUACCGCUCGGUCUCGCGCCACCACCAGCUCGAUGAGCAGCGUCACAAUGAGAUGAAGGGCCUGUUGAACGACUUCAGGGCCGAGUUUGGCAAGUUUGACAAGAUCGCCGCCAUGGAGCAGAAGAUCAACAACAUGGAGAAGGAGAUCCGGGGCCUACGGAACGAACUGGGCAAGAAGAUGCGCGACAAUGAACGCAACGUCAAGGGCUUCCUCAAUGACCAUCACGCCACCCUCUCCCAGACUCUGCUCGACAGCGUCCCCGGCCACGGCAAGCUCAUCUGGAUUUUUGUUGGCACCCAAGUACUGGUUGUCGCAGCCUACGUGGCAUACAAAAGGCGCAGGGCAAAUUCUCCAAAGAAGUUCUUGUAG